UCUUAUUGGGGUUUAAGUGCAAUGAGGAAGUUGUUCAGUGAAACUGUUUUUUCCAGGGUAGGUGAGCUAAGCCUCCUAUCACUGGAGGAGGGAGAAGCUCAGCAGGUGGAAGCAGGUGGGCCCGCCCCUGGCUCUCUGGAUUGGUUGUUUAUGAGCUCAGCUCCUUGGAGGAUAUUUAUAUAUGACCAAAGUAUCUUCUGAGACACUCUGAAAAGUGCCAAUAGCAAAUAGCAGCAUCUGCUCUUUGGGAAAGUGGUUCUGAUCCCUCAUCAGACUCGACUUCUAGCCAACUGGGAGCAGUGCCUGACACAGAGAUCUCAGCCCCAGUGUCCCAGGACGGGAGUAACUUCCAUGGUCUGAGCCCCAUGGAGAAUCCGAGGCACCCAAGAAAGCCUGUGGCCAAUAGGAGAACCAAGUCUCUGGACAGGUUACAAGCCCCCAGGAAGGACUCAGAGUCAUGGGACUGCCAGUGCCUCAGUGUGGCCACCGCCUCCUCCAGGAAGACACCCCGUCGGAGGGCCAGCGAUGGGGCCAGACGUUCUGCAGAGGCUCAGGGCCCUGCGUCUGCAGUCCUUACUCCGGAGGAGACCAGGGAGUUUCUCUCCAGUGAGCAGAGUCCCCCUCAAGACACCAAGAAGGACAAGGCCCAGCAGGGCUGGUUAAAGAGAAUGCUGACCUUCUUCCUGAGGACAGGCCCUGAGGAGCCCAGAGAAAAAGCCAGCAGGCAGACAAAGGGGAAGGAGGGCCCCCUUCACCCCCCAGAGUCCCCACGGGAGCCAGACCUCAAGAAGAGAGCCCACGACAAGAAGGCUGGCCGGAAGAAACAUGGGCAUAAGAAAUACAUGGCUGAGGAACCCAAGGGGGCUCCCGAUGAGGACGCUGAAGGCCCAGAGGCAGGGCUGUCCAAGACAGCUGCUGCCCUGCACUCUGAGGAGGUGGACCUGGGCCCAGCUCGCAGGGGCAGGGAAGAUUCUGAUCUCCACCAGCCCUUGGUUGUUGAAGAGGGUGGUGCUAUAGCCUUGAAUGUUUCUCCCCAAGCCUCAGAUCACCAGAGAGAAGAGGAGAUCAAAAUGCCUGACCAGGAUGCUAUCAUCAAGAUGAUAGUGGAAUUGCUCAAAAAAGUGGGAGACCAGUGGGAAGAAGAGCAACUUCGAGCCCCUCAGCCAGAGGUGGCCAUGCAAAACCCAGUACCAGCCUCUAGGAAGAAAUCCCAAGAGAAAAAGUCCAGCCCCAAGAGAGCCUUUUCUAAGAAACACAGCUCUGAGGAGCCCAAGAGGGCGGGAGCUACAGAUGUUUCCACCCCAGAGGCCCGGCCACCCAAGAGGCCCAGCUUUCUGCCUCUGCACCUGCCCCAGUGUGUGGGUGGCCAUCGGCCUUCCAUCUCCAGCACUCUUGGCUUGGAAGAACCUGAAGUCCAAGAAGUCCUGUCUACAGAUGGUGGGGGCCCCAGUCCCUUUGAGCCUUCCACCCAACCAGGAAGCCAGGGACCCUGGGAGGAGCUGCAGCUGGACAGAGCCGCAGAAUCCAAAGAAUUCAUCCAGAAGAUUGUCGCACUACUCCAUGAUGCAGAGGAACAGAGGGGAGAGAAGCAAACUCACAUCCAGGAGGUAGAAGCAGCUGUGGAAAGCGUGGCCCCACCCUGCAGGAGGAAAUCCCAGGAGAAAAAGUCCAGCUUCAAGAGAGGCUUUUCCUACAAGAAACACAGCUCCAAGGAGCACCAAAAGGCAGGGGCUGUAGGGGCUGCAGGGGCUGCCAGCCCAGAGGCCCGGCGGCCUAAGAGGCCUAGCUAUCUACCCACGUGUGUCAGUGGCCAUCGGCCCUCUACCUCCAGCAGCCUUGAUCCAGAAUGUUCCGAGUUCCAAGAGCCCUCACCUGCAGAAGGGGGACCAGUUGGGAUCUCAGAAGCACCUUCCAAGACCAGAAGCCACAAGCCAGAAGGGGGACCUCAGCCGGAUGGAGCAAGUGAAGCCAAGGAGGUCAUCAUCCAGAAGCUGGUGGUGCUUCUCCAAGAAGUGGAUGGCCAACUGGGGCAGCAGAUCAGGCGACACCCCAGCUUUAAGAGAUUUUUUUACGAAUUCUCCGACUCCUCCCUCAGUAAGCUGGUAGCCACCCUGUGCAGCCAGGUGGCCCACUCCUCUGAGUUGGAUAGGAACCUCGCCAAGAGACCCUACCAGUUUGGCUUUGGCAUGACUAACAAAUUUGCCAGCCACAAGAGCCACGCCAUCUCCAUCCUCAUGGGCCUAAGAAGCCACUACAGUUCCACCCAGUUCCUAUACAGGGAGUCCCAGCUGAAUAUCACGAGUCAAAGUCCAGAUUGAAAGUUGUGCCCCGUGCUCAAGUUCCCUUGAACUGGCCAAACAAUUGGCAGCUUUACCCAGGAGACCAUGAAGACGUUCCAUGAUGUCCCAUUACCAUGCUUCACAACAUGACUGAAGACAAGAGUGGACAGCUAUUCUGUGUCCACGCACCAUUGUCUGAGAAAGCACAACACAUUAUUCCAUGAGGCUGUGCCAGGGGACAUCUCUCCCUGGACUAGGAAUGAAGAGACCAGGGCUCCACCCUCCCCAAACAUGCUGCAAGAUGCCAUUCAUGUCUGCUCUCCCCUCUAGACCUUGGAUUCUAGGUAUCAUUCAGAAGGCCUACUGACAUUUUUCCAGCUGUUUUAACUGAGUCUAGUUUUAAAAAUAAUCUUUUAUUUAGUCUCUAACCAGAACAUCUACACACAAACUGAUCUGCAUCUAUGUACAAUGCAUCAUUUAUUCAAAUGGUCAAUAGCGCUUAAUGCUCACACAGUUUACAGGUGCCUCUCAGGACCUCUGCAGGUCCUGGUUGGGAACAAUUUACAGAUUGUGGACCCUUGGUCUCUCAGAAUCCUUCUAACUCCGUGUCCUGUAAUUCUAUGACCAGAGAAAUGAAGCUGAUAGCUUUCAUCUCUCCCAUUGUGUGGGGUUUGCUUAGUCAGUUAAAAAAAUGAAUGUGAAGAAUUCUGAAAAUUACUUAGCAUCAUUUCCAUGUAUUUUUUUUGUUUGUUUUUAAUGUUUUUAAACAGAGUCUCACUUUGUUGCCCUUCGGGUAAAGUGCUAUGGCAUCACAUCUCACAGCAACCUCAGACUCUUGAGCUCAAGAUCGUCUUGCCUCCACCUCCCAAGUAGCUGGGACUACAGGAUUGCCACACCUGGCUAGUUUUCUAUUUUUACUAGAGAUGUGCCUUUAUUCUUGCUUGGGCUGGUCUUGGACUUCUGAGAUCAAGGGAUACUCCUGCCUUAGCCUCCCCAGAGUGCAGGUAUGAGCCACCAUGCCCAGCCAGUUGGAAUUCUUAUUAUAGCUACAUCUGGAUGGUUUUCAGGAAGUAGAGGAGGUCUUCAGGCUGGACUGCCAUGGAUGGUUGCACAGAUGUGCACUGCUCAAGAGCACCAGAUGGUGGGGGGGUGCUAUUCACAUUCUAGGCACUGUGGAUUUCUAGAUUUAUGAUGAUAAUUUUCCAGCUGAUGGAAACAAAGUAUCUUGAGAAAGGGGCUCUUUUUUGUAUUUGCACAAAGGUGAGGUACGGGGUGCUAGAGGCUCCGCCUCCCACAUAGCUGAACAGUUUCAACAGCUGGACUCAGGUGGACAAUUUACCACAUGUCCAUAUCUACAUGGAGGCCUGACAAGAGUGCAAAUAGACAGUCCAACUUCUUUGGACUUUGCCUGGAACUUGUGGUCAUAGGGGAGAGGAUGUUAAAAUGUGGAUGGCAAACUAAAUCAUGUUACCCGUGGUGGGUAUGGUGCUACCAUGCUGAACCUGUGGUCAGCACUGGAGAGGAGGAGAAGCCCAGGUUAGAGAGGCUGGGCACUUAGAUGGGACUGUCCUCCAACAAGAGCAAAGUUUCAGGAAGCUCACCUAAACAUAUUCUGAAAGUCAUUUAGUUUUUAUUGCUGCUUCUGAGAAGUGGGGGAGAGGUGAGUUAUUUAUGGAUUUAUUAUAGGCAGUAUUCAGGAACAUAGCACCAAAAUGUGAAGAAUUGGAAUAAGUUUGGAAACGAAGGUCAGGAACCUUUUGUACACAGUUUCUUAUUUGGAAUAAUGUUCUUUCAAUUGUAUGAGUAUUUGGUAUGAGUCCCCGAUGCUGGCAUCUGAGUCUCAUUUUGUACUGUAUCAUUUGAACAAAUAAAGAAAU